GCUCGAUAUCCAUGACGACAUGGCUCGACCGAGACAGCAAGAGGAGGAUGCAUGCUGCUGAGCCAUGCAUGACGCCAUGCUGGCCACACGACGCCAUGACGGCAUGACGGCAUGCUUACAGCAAGCAAAUCAGAGCGCGCCAGUCGGCGCCCGCACCAGAGAGAAUACAUAUAGCAGAGAGGUAUGGCAUCCGUCUCUGCCUUGGUCCCAAGAUACUUGGCCUUUACUGUAGAAAGUGACAAGCAACGGUACAAAGCGGACCAGGCUUUUCUUGGUACUUUUCUUGUACUGCUACUAUUACUACUACUACUACUACUACUACUACUACUACUACUACUACUUCCAUAUACACAUCGCUGAAGAUGGAUCUGGACCUCGAGCGCAGGAACAAUGUGUUCAAGUAUAACCCCAACACGGUCAACGGCGCCACAGCCGACAUAGCCCUGACGACGCACGGCUCCAACUUCUACUUUGCCAUCUGCGGCGUCAUGGGCUUCGCCGGCUUCGCCUUCGUCGCCAUGUCGUUCAAGGUCGAGCGCCGCAACCGGCUGUUCCACUACAUCACGUCUGCCGUUGUGUUUGUGGCUGCCAUUGCCUACUUCACCAUGGGCAGCAACCUGGGCUUCACGCCGAUUGAAGUCGAGUUCAAGCGCAGCGACGCCGUCGUGCGAGGCACGUACCGCGCCAUCUACUACGCUCGCUACAUUGACUGGUUCAUCACCACGCCGCUGCUGCUCAUGGACCUGCUGCUUACGGCUGGCAUGCCGUGGCCGACGAUCCUGUGGGUUGUCGUCGUCGACGAGAUCAUGAUUGUCACGGGUCUUAUUGGCGCUCUCAUCCGCAGCAUUUACAAGUGGCCUUAUUUUGUCUUUGGCUGCGUCGCCCUCUUCUACAUCGUCUACAUGCUCACAUGGGAAGCCCGGAUCCACUCCAAGACAUUUGGCCGCGACGUCGAGCGCGCCUUUCUCAUGUGCGGCAGUCUCACAGCCUUCCUGUGGAUCCUGUACCCGAUUGCCUGGGGUCUUUCCGAGGGCGGCAACGUCAUUGCCCCCGACAGCGAAGCCGUCUUCUACGGCGUCCUGGAUUUCCUCGCCAAACCCGUCUUCGGCGCCCUGCUCCUCUGGGGCCACCGCAACAUCGACCCCGCGCGUCUGGGCCUCCAGAUCAGAGACUACAACGACGACACCAUGUUGCAUGAGAAGCACAGACAGGACCACGCUAUUCGGAAUGGAGAAGGUUCUGCCAACCCGCCGCUUGAUGGCCCGGCUCCAGCUCCUGCUACCGCUACCGUUUAAACCAACAUUUCCGACUGCUGCUGCUGCUCUGCUCUGCGAUGGGAUGUGAUUGAGCCAUGAUACCUCCGUGCUAGGCUGCGGAUAAUGAUGUUUGCUGUUGCUGUUGCCAUUGCCGCCCUUGUGUAAUCGACACGAGAGAAGACAAGGCAAGACAUAUAUCUGCUUUCACGUAAUGAUAAUGUAGUCUUGUCGCCUGUGGGAUUUAAUUGAGGAGGCGACGAGGACGAGAAGACUACUGGAGGUUAUUAGUGGGAUUUUUCAUGACGUUAUGAAGUAGUACGACUUAAUCUAAUUACUCACUCG